GCCACAAUAAUUAUAGGCCGAUCUCGAAUCUCCCUUUUCUGCCUUAGAUACUAGAAAAGGUAGUAUCACCACAACUAUGUUCCUUCUUAAAGAAAAAUGGUGUCUGUGAGGAUUUCCAGUCAGGAUUUAGAUCGUAUCAUAGUACUGAGACUGCUCUCAUCAAAGUUACAAAUGACCUGCUCUUAUCAUCCGAUCGUGGUUGUAUCUCUCUAAUAGUGCUACUGGAUCUUAGUGCCGCGUUUAACACUAUCGACAACAAAAUUCUUUUGAAUAGACUAGAAAAAAUUAUGUUGGCAUUAGUGGAAGUGCAUUGGCAUGGUUCAAAUCAUACUUAUCUGACCGCCAUCAAUUCGUAGCAGUGAAUGAAGAGGUAUCAUAUUGAUCACAAGUGCAGUUUGGAGAACACCUAGGCUCAGUACUAGGCCCGUUACUUUUCACGUUACCCUGGGAACAUAUCAUCAGGAAACAUGGUGUUAGCUUUCACUGUUAUGCUGAUGAUACUCAGCUCUUUAUUUCUUCGCAACCCGAUGAAACAUACCAAUUUGCAAAACUAACGGAAUGUAUAGUUGAAAAAAAAAAAAAAACUGGAUGACUAGUAAUUUCUUAUCAGUAGGAUAGUUGUGUAUAGGUUUAUAUUGUUUUACUUCAUUGUUGUAUGCCUGUAUUUAUGUAGCACCGUGGUCCUGUGAGGCAUGACAUUUCGUUCCACUGUAUGCCCCCGCAUGUAGCGGAAUGACAAUAAAGCUCAACUUGACUAACUUGACUAAAUUCUGAAAAAAACAGUGUUAAUUAUCGGACCAAAAACUUCUGCAUGUAAUAACCUAGAACACUGUCUAAUACUUGAGUCAUUCCAUGAAACCGGUACGAUUUGAGUCCCUCUGACCUUUUUAAGUGUAUUUUAUUUAUUGGGUCACCAAAAUCUAUUUUUAAAAGCUUUUUGUAUUAAUUGAAAUGUCUCCUUUAAUAAGGUUUAAAAACAUGACAUACAUUUUAUCUUUAUAUUAGAAAUUAUCUUGUUUUUUUCCGUAGACACCACCUAUUUUGUCAUGUCCCUCAUGGCCUUCUAUGAAAGUGCACUUGGGAUUUGAAUAAUUAAAUAAGAAAAAAGUUCAUACAUUUUGCCAUUCUCAUAAAUAUCUAUCUGUGCUUUUUUGCUGGUAAUGAUUUUUUUCUAAGUAAAUUCAUGAUUAUUCAUUAAAAUCAUAUUAUUUAGUUCCGUACCUCAGUAACCCCUCAACCCCGUUACACAAAUCAUUCUUCCCCCAUAAAAAUAAUGAACUGAUCCUUUUGUGACAUCAUUAAUAGGAAGUGACAUCAUAUAAGUCUUCUGAACAACAUUGUGAGCAGACACAGGCAAGUUACCACCUUCUUUUAUAAUUAUAACUCAUUAAUAUUGUGAUAUCAUGAUUUUCAAGCUUAACGACAAUCAACACCGUUACAUCAAAUUAAGAUAGAAAACUAUUACUUGUGAAAAUGAUCUUUGUUAUUUUAACAAUAUACAUGAUUUCUUAAUAUCACGCAUGCCAUGUGCUCUCCUGUUAUUCACUACAUUUAGAACAGUGGCCAUUUUGAGCAAAAAAUCACAAUACCGUCACACACAACCCCGUUACUUAUGUGAUCAUAACAGGGUUGUGAGAUUGUGACGGGGUUGUGUUUUUAACACUUUGGUUCUGAAAUUAUCCUAAUUAAACUGUGUGUGUGUGUGUGUGUGUGUGUAUGUGUGUUAUGCCUAGAUUUUCACAUCUCAGUGUUAAGUAAAUUGCUCUGAAAGAAUGUUUGAUUUAAUGAUAUCGAUUUAAACCUCUACAGACAUCUAUGAAUCCAUGAUGGCACCGAAAACAGCGGCAGAAAUGCAGAGGCAGUAUCGUGCACGCCUAAAUGCUGAUCCUGAAAAAAGGGAGAAAUACCUGCAGAAAGAAUGCCAGAGAUGGAGAAAAAAUGUAGAGACAGGGAAAAAGAAAGGAAUCAAUGAGUUAAGUGACAGACAACAGCGGCUGAAGUGUAGAAAGUGGAGAGCAGCUUACAAAAGAAGCAAGGAGAGGAGAGAAGCACUGAGGAACUUAACCACUCCUCCACAAAGUCCAGAUCAUGCCCCAGAGCAGUAUCCAUGUCCAGGAUCUUCAAGGUAGAGACCGAUGAGCAGUUAAGAGAGUAAGAAAAUGACUAGGCUGAGUGUUAGAGAAUUAAAAUAAAAGUGUAGUUAAUAAAAGCUCUUUUAGUUGUUUACGGUGUAUGUGUUUACUGACUGAAAGACCAUCCGAUUGAUGGCUGCUCGCCGUUUUGGCAGCCAUCAACCAGAUUCCUUUUUUCAAGAACUUUUUCCUAUCUACAGAGCCCUGAUAUCUUCCAUCUUUUUCCCUGUGUUCUUUCCCCUUUUUUCCAUCAUAUCCAUUUCUCAUCAUUACUGACUAUUAAUUGUGUUUGUAGGCAACGUGUGGAGGGGAAGAAAAAAAUAAGAAAAGAAAGAUACAGGCUGAAGAAGAAAAUAGAACAACUUCUACCAAAGACUGGGUAAACAAAGAAAACAGAACCAAAAAUACAAAAAAAGGUGCCAACGUUUAAAGAAGUAUUCUGAUUCACCACGGUCAAAGGUAAAAGAGCUAACAGCAAAUUGCCCCGUAAACCCCAGAAUCAGGAAGACGUUGCUGUAUCACCAAGGAACGAAGUCAAGAUGCAGAAAAGGUUCCUGGUGGAUACACUAAAAAUAUUUACAGAAGAUUUUUAUCAGAGAACUCAUGAAAACAUCUCAUAUUCCCUGUUUUGCCAUCUUCGACCUUUUUGGGUUGUUAAUCCAACGAUCUCAGAACGAGACACAUGCAUGUGUAAAUUGCAUGAAAAUCUGAGCUUUGUGGCUGAGAAGCUCAAUCAGCUGAAAUUAAUUGAGACUAACAAUCUCGAUAAACUGGUAGAGAAGGUAUGCUGCAACUCAUCCAACAAGAGCUGUAUAUACGGAGAUUGUGUACACUGCAAAGACAAGAGUGUCCCAAUUUCUGGUACAUAUAGCAAUACAACAAAAGUAUCUUUCACCCAGUGGGUAACAGAAGAUAAGGAGAUGGAUAAAAAGAAAGAGGGAGAAGAGAGGUCAACUGUCAAGGUCACCAUCAAGAAAUCUGUGGAGGACACACUGGAGAACCUCACUGAGCUGUUCCACAUCUACCUACAGCGCUUCAAACAGCAUCACUUCAACAUCAAGCAGCGGUAUGCCUUCUGCCACGAGCUGAAGAAGAACAUGUCGGGGAAGAGGCCUUGAUACAUAUUGACUUUUCAGAAAAUUACAUCUGCAAAUACAGCUCCCAGAUCCAAGCAGUCCACUUUGGGGCUUCACACCACCAGGCCACUCUGCAUACAGGGGUGUUGUAUGUUGGUGGAAAACCAGAGCCUGUGUGCUUCAGCACAAUCUCUCCCUCCAGCAAUAUGGCAACACCUCAAUCCAGUGCUGGAUUACCUUCAGGCCACACGUCCACUAGUGUCUGUGCUGCACUUUUUUAGCGAUGGCCCCUGUACACAGUACAAACAACGAGGCAACUUCUUUCUUUUUAGCACAGAAUUAGACAGAAGAGGAUUCAAGGCUGGCUCUUGGAAUUUUUUUGAGGCUAGUCACGGCAAAGGAGCCCCGGAUGGUGUCGGGGGAGCCUUAAAAAGAACCGCAGACAUGAUGGUGGCAAAGGGACGUGAUAUCCCGGAUGCACACGAACUGUUCAAGGCCUUGACCGAGACAAACACAACAGUGAAACUGUUCUUUGUGAAGAGUGAGGAUGUUGAGAAUGCAAUGGAGAAAAUGCCAAAGCAAAUACCAGCAGUCCCGGGAACAAUGAGAAUCCACCAGGUGAUUACUCUGGCUCCAGGAGAACUGAUACACCGUGAUGUCAGCUGCAUGUGCGCAACACGGCAGCAGUUUAACUGCAAGUGCUUCAACACACAGUGUUUCAGUUUUGGCCAGAAGGUACCAACUGCUGUGCCACAGUCAGCCAGUGAAGGGAAUCCACAGCCACAGCACGAAAAGGAAAUCCAGUGGGGAAGUCCAGAGCUUCUUGGGCAGUGGUGCAUGCUCAGAUAUGAUCAAGAGCUGUAUCCAGGCAUCAUCCUUAGCACAGAUGAAACACACGUGCAAGUGAAAUGUAUGCAUCGUGUUGGGCCAAACCGAUUCUUCUGGCCGGCUCGGGAUGAUAUCCUCUGGUACCUGUUUGAGGAUGUACUUGAAAUCAUUCCACCCCCAAAGCCUGUGACAAAGCGCCAUGUGGAGAUCUCGAAAGAGGUGUGGGCCAGAUAUUGAAUUCCACGAAGUUAUACGUUUUAUUUUGAUGACCUAUUCAGUCGGUUUAUAAUGUUCUAAUGUAUACUAUGUUAUUGUUGUUAUUGUUGUCGGGUUAAUAAAACUCAGUUCAAUUGCAAUUUAUAUCUCUUGUCUUUCUUGGUCACAUAAUGAAAUACAGUGUUUAUAGAAAAUCUUACAGUGAAUUUGAGUAAAAAAAAAACUAUUUAUAUGUUAAGCUGUAUUUGUCUCUUCAACCCCGUUACCAUCUUCAACCCCGUUACCCUAGUCUCAACCCCGUCACACCUACAUUUUUAUUAAUAAUUUUUUUAAGUUUAUGAAAAAGUAAUUUCAUUUUUGUUGAACUCAGUCUGAAAUGUUCAGAGCAAUCAUAAGAAUACUGAUUUUAGUUCAAAUUCCGAGGUUAAGCCACUUAAUGACGAGGUUGCUGUCACAAAAAGUUUCAUUUCAGGCUUUAGUAUAGCAAAAAUGUGAGAUUUUAUAUAACUUUUAUAUUUGCAAAUACUGAAUUAGUGUGAGGGACAUCUUAUUAAUAGGAAAAUGUUGAUUUAAAUACAAAUACAUUUUAUGAUCAUAUUCAGAGAGCUCCCAUAGUGUCCAUAACGGGGUUGAAGACUAAUAGUGCCCAUAUCUUAAAAUAAUGACCAAUAAUAAUAGGGAUUUGAUGCCUGAGGUGGGAAAAUAUGUUUUUCAGGAAGUGAAAUAUGCCAUUAAUGCUGUGGGGUGUUCAGAAAAGUAAUACAUUUUGGUGAAAAAUCUAAAAAUGUGUAAGUCCAAAUCGUAUCGGUUUCGUGGAAUGACUCACUUGAUGGUUGCUCUGUAAAUUCUUUGUCAUCAGUUAGGAACCUAUAGGCGUACUUUUUGAUAGCAAUCUUUCCUUUGAAAAACAUUUUUCCAUCUUAAAAAUAUAUCUAAACUAUGACCUAUAUCUUCAAUGUCAAAUGCAGAAACGUUAACUCAUGUGUUUAUGACCUCAAGAUUAGACUAUUGUAAUGCUUUAUUGGGUGGUUGUUCUGCACGCUUGAUCAACAAACUACAGUUAGUCCAAAAUGCAGCAGCUAGAGUCCUUACUAGAACCAGGAAAUAUGACCAUAUUAGCCCGGUUCUGUCAACAUUGCACUGACUCCCUAUUAAACAUUGUAUAGAUUUUAAAAUCUUGCAAAUUACCUAUAAAGCCCUGAAUGGUUUAGUACCUCAUUAUUUCAGCGAGCUCUUGUCGCAUUAUAGUCCUUCAUGCCUGCUACGAUCUCAAAACUCUGGCAAUUUGAUAAUACCUAGAAUAUCAAAAUCAACUGUGGGCGGCAGAUCCUUUUCCUAUUUAGCAUCCAAACUCUGGAAUAAUCUACCUAACACUGUUCGGGAAGCAGACUGUCAGUUUAAAUCUAGAUUAAAGACCCAUCUCUUUAACCUGGUUUACACAUAAUUCACUAUAGUAUUUCUAUAAUUCAAAUCCGUUAAAGGGUUGUUAGGCUGCAUUAAUUAGAUCAACCGGAACCGGGAACACUUCCCAAAACACACGAUGUACUUGUUACAUCGUUAGAAGAAUGGCAUCUACGCUAAUAUUAGUCUGUUUCUUUCUUAUUCCGAGGUUACCGUAGCCACCAGAUCCAGUCUGUAUCCAGAUCAGAUGGUGGAUCAGCACCUAGAGACAACCUCUACAGCCCUGAAUUUCAGCGGAGACCAGGACAACGAGAUGAGCCCCAGAGACAGAUCCCCUCCAAAGACCUCAUCACCUAGACGGCCAUCAGGACAAGACCACGGGAACCAGAUGAGUCCUCUUCACAAUCUGACUCUGCUGCAGCCUAGAUUUAAACUGCUGGUUUCAUCUGGCCAGAGGAGAACGACACACUAUUUCUCUCUUGUACGCAGCCAACAAAUGCACUGAGCAGCGCUGUCAUCAGAAGCACCCUUAACAGAUGAAAGGAUAGUACGAACCUAUCGGACAUUCAAACUAAUGUUUUAUUGUGUGAAUAUGAGAUUGAGCUGAAGAAUGAAUGCUGUAUCAGACACAGUUUACAUUCCCGAGAUGGGAAAACACAGCUGCCAACAUUCAAGCAGAUGAGAAAGAAAAUGCCUCUUCUAGAAUCUACCUGCUGCAUGAACUGCCACAGACUUCUACAAAUAAUUGAAGUUCUUGGAACAAAGUUACUUGCUGGAUUACCAAACCAGGGGGGAAACACACAGCAGAGCUUCGUCACGGACCCCCUCAGGAUGCAGUUGUUCUACAUUUUCUACCCAAGAAGAGUCUCUGAGAACCUGACAGCUUGUAAUUCUGGAGACUCCAGGAAGUUCUGGAAAAUGGUGGCGCUGGAGAAUAAAGAUUUGAUGCUACUACUUCCUCUGGAGUCGUUGAGUAAGAUUCUACCAACCUACCUACUAGUAGAUCACCAGUAGAUCACCACAACCAAAGGCCCUUUUAAGCGCCAACCUAUCUGGAUUUGUGCACUCAUUUCUGUCUGUGUCUCUUAUCUCUGUCUGCCCCUCUCUCUGUUUCUGUGAUGAACACUACACGUGUCACGGACUGUCAAGAUGACUAUUACAUGGAGGGGAGACGGAUGACUCUUGAAAUGAGCUUAGAACAUGUUCUGACUGAAGCCAGGGGCGUUAUGACAUGCACCAGCAAUUGUUUGCAUGUCAAACAUGCCAGCAGCAGUGGGCUCCAGAGUUCAUGGACCUCGUAAACAGUGGAUACUGGCCAGCUUCCACCAGCUCUUCUAUUUUGUAUUCCCUCAACCUUUUCAGCAGUGUAAGAGAACUGAAAGUCAUCGCUCCGGCACUGUCCAGACAAGCCUUUGCAAAGCUGCUGGAGCAUCGUACAAAGUGUGGUGGGCGGUCAGGACCAGUGUGCGGGGACACGCUGCAGCGCAGCUUCCUGGAGUUUUCCUAUUGUGCUUUUGAGGAAGAUCACUUGUCCUGCGGUGCACCUUUCACCUGCCCCGCUUGCACCCCAGACAUGCUGGCAAUCUCUGUGGAUGGCAACAGGAAGCUAUACCGGUUUCUCCGAAACGGAAGCUCCGACUCCGACGUUUUUUGAAGGGGCAUUUAUCGCAGAAGACACAUCUGUGUCUGCAUUUGUUGAUGUCUUGCAUAAAGCUGUGAAACAGCUACCUGGACAAGGCAGAUGUGGGAGCUCCUCGUGGACAGCAGCGAAGGAGACUUCUAGGAGGACCUUCAAGUUGGACGAAGAGGGCAUGGAGGUUGCGGUGUGUCGGCAUGGUUUCCUCCUUAAAGCGCUUAAUAUGUUCAGAGGUGAAAUCUUUGCCUACCCCAUGUAUCUGCACAAGGAGUUGAUGAGUUCAAAGCCAAGGUUUAUCGCCAUGGAUGUAAUGUGUAAAUACUGGCCAUAUUUACACAAAUCAGCAAACAUCCUUCCUGAUCUCCAGGGGCUAACAUCAAUCAGGCCUUUCCUAAGCGUCAUGCACGCUACAGCACAUUCCACUAAGUGUGAGAUUACAUGGAGUGGCAAAAACCAAGAAGGAGCAGGGUCAACUGCGGGGGAGGAAGUUGAACAGGUGAACAGCUACCUCUCCCGCUGUGCCUUAACGACUAAAUACAUGUUGAAAGGAGCACGUGUGGAUAUGCUUACAAUCCAUGCUAUGGCCUGGAACUACAAAAAAAUCACAACACUACAUCGGGCAUUGUCUGCAAGAUAUGUGAAGACUUGCCAGAGGCUUCAGGAGGAGACUGCAAGUCUAGCGGAGCUUAAAGAAAGCUUGGCUUGCACCGAUAAAGCAGUGUGGGUGUCUGAUGUGAGGGAAUGGGCAGCUGGCGACACAACAGGUACUUCCCUAGAGCAGUCCAUUGAGGGACGUUACCUUAACGUGAGGCAGCGGAAGCAGGCUCUAUACCGCCAAAAUGAUAGUGGCAAGUUCCGUCACCGCCUGCGGAGGAAAAUUGCUGAGAGCAAGAGACUGCUAUUGAAAGACAUAGAGACCUAUAACAGUCAUGAGCCUGCCAUGCCAAUUGAUGUUAAUGAAGUGGAGCAGUCGCUAUCAGGAGACAACCCGUCCCCAACAUGGCCGUGGGAGGUUCAUGGCAGCGCACAAAUCAAAGACAAGUUAAAAAAUUUUAACAAAGCCAUGCUGAAAAUGAGCCUGGAGGAGGAAAGGACAAUACUUGUUCAGGAGAUGGCCCAGCACUGCUCAUGGUUGCAGAAGUUGCAGGCAACUCUUAAAAGAAAAACUUCAGAGGAAGCCAAGCGAAAUAAGGGCCUUUCCUGUCUCUGCGACGGUCGUUGUCACAUUUCACGCUCACUUCCGGGGCUUGAUCGUGACUCCGCUGGGCUUCCUCGAGGUGAACGGCCAGGCCCACCGAAGUUAGGAGAGUGUCAGGGUGGACACUUAAAUAACCGGCCGUCACACCUGACUUGCACACCACCAGGAGGAGCUGCACCACAGGACACAACAGGCGGGACAACAAAAAGAUCCGAAGUGAAUAUGCUUCACAACCUUAACAGGCUCUUCACUGGACUCGGACGGAGAGGAGGUGUAGGAUCAGAACGAGUCAGACAAAACUAAGAUUUGAUCAGAACAUCGAAACAUGAGGAGCCGAAAUUCCAGAAGAGGCCCCAAGAAAACAGGACAUCAUAAAUCAGAUUCCUAGCGCCAUGAUCCUGGAGCAAGCCUUACCAACAAGUCUCUUUCACAGAACAGCUCGCAACAUUAAGACAAAAGAACACUUAUUGAUAAGUACAAUGCCGGAAUGAGAUCGUCAAAUUUGGGACGAAUAAUCAAGAUUAAUGGUCAAAGAGAUGGCCAUCACAUGUGUUCUACGAGAGAAAUCACGAGCUUCGUUAGAUUGACUUUUCCCCCACCCACAAGACAAAGACUGAGACUGAAAUUCCUCUGUCCAAAGAACAUGUCUUUUGGUCUCCACAGAACUACACAGAGACUUUUUUUCAUAUGCACAUAAAACCAUCCUAAAAGGACAUUUCUAGGCAUAACACUAUAUUAUGUAUGUAACCCACACAUUAGACUGUUUUAAGCACAUAUUAUGUAUGUCU